UUCAUGAUCACAUUCCCAACCCCCGGAGAAUAAGAAAAAAAACGCCAAACGCCAAACUCUAGAGAGAGAGAGAGAGAGAGAGAGAGAGAGAGCUUUGACAGGAGAUGGGCAACAGUCUAGGGGGCUGUUUGGCUUGUAUCCUUCCCUGCGGAGCCUUAGACGUGAUCCGAAUAAUCCACAUAAACGGCUACAUAGAAGAAAUACCCGGCCCGAUCACAGCCGGCGAGAUCCUCAAGAACAACCCGAACCACGUCCUGAGCAAGCCCAGCUCCGAAAGCGUGGUCCGCCGCUUCCUGAUACUCUCGCCGGAGUCCGAGCUCAAGCGGGGCACCAUCUACUUUCUUAUUCCGGAUCCUUCGAUGCCUGCGGAAAAUAGUAAAAAGAGUCAAGACGAAAUUCAUAAGAAGCCGUCUUCCAAGAGGAGAAAGAACAAGUGCUGCGCCGAUACGAAUGUAUCGGCCUGUAGCACUGCUGAUCGGUACGUAACGGAAACCGAGUCGGAAAACAAGUCGGCGCACCGGGAUCGGCGGCGCCGGCGCGUUUGCGUUUGGCGGCCUCAUCUUGAGAGUAUUUCCGAAGACUUAUAACGGACCUUUGUUUUUUUUUUGGGGUUUUUUUGGGGCGGGAAUGUGACCACUUUUUUUUUUUUUAAAGGCCGAUAACCCGAAUGAUUCAACUGUUUUUUACCUCCAAAAUUUGUGCAGGAGGUUUAUCUGUUUGUGUAAGAUUUUUUGUUAAUUGAUUUUGUGGAUAUGAGUUUACCACUUCAUC